AAAAAAAAAAUCAAAAAAUUAUUUGACAAUCAAUCAUAUGAUUGGUUAGUUUGUUGUUAUCGGACCGUAUGAUCUCAAUAAUUUGGUGAUUGAAUGGCCGAAUCGGGUGACCACUGAUUUUCAUACGCCAUGUAUUCCGUUAGCGGAGAGCCUGACCUUUACAACUUCGAGUCAGAUGAGAACUACAAGAAAUGGCGCAAAUUAUUGCUUAUAUCACUGGAUCAGAUCCAAAGCCGGACACAUCCCACGUCGGGUCUGAAGGCUAAACAGGACGCUCUACUCUACGCCGAGUCAUUGAUACUGAAAUUAUUGUCCCAAUUGAUUCACAGUCAUCGUAACAAUAUUACCGAUAUCGAGGAACGAGUUCGCCGGCUCUUUCCACCGCCACUGGACAAGUGGGCCACAAAUAAGGCCAACGAAGUAAUGCAACAAAUGAAGUCAUAUAAGAAACAGAAGAGCUUAACGGCAGACCAGUUGCCACUGCGGAUGCCUUUCGAAAAGUUACACCAAUUAUUGCAACGGGAAGUGAUUGGCCACAAGAUUGACAUUCAGUGCACUAUUUAUAUAGUGGCCAUUCUUGAGUUUAUUGCUACCGAUAUCUUUCAAUUGGCCGGUCAUUACGUUAAAAAUAUACGACACGAAGAGAUUACGUGUCAGGAUAUUAAGGUUGCUAUGUGUGCCGAUAAAGUACUGAUGGAUAUGUUUUAUCCGGACGACGACGUGUCGCUUAACAGCAACAUCAAUGAAGACCUGAGCGAACAGAAGCGCCGAACCAGUGUUACCUACGAUGAAGUGGUCAAAGAUCUCAUUCAUGAAGAGAAGCAAUUUCAGAGAGACUUGAAUUUAAUAAUGAAAGUAUUUCGCGACCCUUUCCGCAAAAUAUUGCCGCCAAAAGAAUUGGAGAAACUGUUCUACAAUAUCGAUGACAUCUAUGACUUCAGUGUCAACUUUUUAGGCUCCAUUGAGGACGCACUCGAAGUGGCUGAAGAUAGUUGUCCGCCAAGUAUUGGCAGCUGUUUUGAGGAGUUGGCCGAAUGCGCCGAGUUUGACGUUUACGAACGAUACGCACACGAUGUCAUCCAAUCCAGUCCACAGUUUCAAACUAAUCCAGUUGCCAAUAAUGGUGCUACCGGUGCCACAACACGAAACGAUAAAUUGCAGACUUUAUUAGCCGAUCCAAACAUUGUCCAGACGCUGGCCACUACAGGUCACGGCAUGAUUUUGGCGCUUAAAUAUGUUCUUCCGAAACUACUUAUUGGACCAGUUUAUCACUGUUUUUCAUACUUUAAAUACAUCGAUCUCUUUAAAGACUUGACCACUAGUGAUGAAGACAAGGAGUCCUUCGAACAGGCGGAGGGUCUGAUGGGUCCUCUAAAAGUAGACUUAGAGCGCAUUGUCUGCAAACGAAAUGCCAAACCAGGUGAAGGCUUUUUGCGUCUAUACGGUCGAACUAAUAGAGCGGCAGCGCUGACCAAAAUGUCGGAAUUACAGCGCUCUAUAGAUGGCUGGGAAGGAAAAGACAUCGGGCAGUUCUGCAACGAGUUUGUGAUUGACGGACCGUUAGGCAAAUUGUCUGGUAUGACGUCCCGAUCUCCUCGUAUUACCGAACGUCAUGUCUUUUUAUUUGACGGUCUAAUGGUGUUAUGUAAACCCAACAAUAAGAGGUCGUCGAUGACAGCCGUAACGGGGAAUCCACAGUGCGAUUGGCGGCUAAAAGAGAAAUACUUAAUUAGAAACAUUGAAAUUAUUGACAGAGAAGAGUAUAAUAACGACAGUGAGAUUAAUGGAACUAAUUUAUAUAAUAACAAUGGAAGCGGUGGCGGCGGAACCGGUACUCAUAAUAUACCGAAAUAUGCUUUUGAGAUAGCACCCAGAAAUCAACAAAGAAUUAUAUUAUUCGCAAAAACCGCCGAAGAGAAGGCACUCUGGAUGUCAAACCUUAUAUUAUUGAACACCCGGUCAAUGCUCGAGAGGACAUUGGACUCAAUGCUUAUCGAUGAGGCAAAGAAACAUCCGCUACGUCUGCCCUCACCUGAUGUCUACCGGUUCGCUGUGGAGGACUCGGACACUAAUAUUUUAUUUGAAGAAAAUAAAUCAAAUUCUGGUGUUCCUCUUAUCAAAGGUGCAACACUAUUAAAACUAGUAGAAAGACUUACGUAUCACAUGUACGCCGACCCGAUGUUUGUCCGCACAUUUCUCACUACAUAUCGCUCUUUCUGUACGCCUCAGACAUUGUUAGACCUACUGAUUGAGCGCUUUGAGAUACCAGAGCCAGAGUUUAUUUUAACACAGAUUAAUAACACUGCACAACAACAACAACAACAAAACAAUACUAUCGCCACAACAACUACAAACACUAACGAAAUUGUUAAUAAUAUUAACAAUAAUAAUGACACACAAUUAACUACAAAUAAUAGUACUCAUUGUUUCAACAAUGAUAGCUCCCAUUCCCAGCACAUCUAUGAGAACUCCGAGAUUCGUAAUCAGCACCGGGAGAUACUGAAACGUUUCCGAAAAGAGUACUCACAACCGGUCCAAUUUCGAGUGCUUAAUGUUUUAAGACAUUGGAUUGAUAACCAUCAUUAUGAUUUCGAAAGAGAUCCCAAUUUGUUGGAAACAUUGAAAAAGUUUUUGGACGAAAAAGUGAGAUUCAAGAAAAAUAUGAGGAAAUGGUGUGAAAAUAUUAAAAAAGUAUUGGAGCGCAAGUCAGAGCUCACAAAUGAGCCGCAGAUUCCAGAAUACAGUUUUGAAAAGACUCCGCCAAAUGUCGAGUGGUGGCUGACCCGAGACCCGCAAAAGUUUGAUUUGCUUACUCUUCACCCAAUAGAGUUGGCCCGACAGCUGACUUUACUUGAGUUUGAUCUCUACAAAGCAGUCAAACCCUCCGAAUUAGUUGGAACUGAGGGCCAGUCAGUGGUGUGGACUAAAAAAGAUAAGCAAAAGACAUCACCAAAUUUGCUCAAAAUGAUUCACCACACAUCCAAUUUUACAUUUUGGUUGGAAAAGUGUAUUGUAGAAGCGGUCAACUUUGAAGAAAGAGUAGCCAUACUGUCCCGUAUUAUUGAGAUAAUGAUAGUCCUACAGGAGUUGAAUAACUUUAACGGUGUUUUCGAAGUGAUCAGUGCUAUGGGAAGCGCUUGUGUUCAUCGAUUGGAGCACACCAUGAGUUACAUCGACAAGAACUCUAAACUAAAGAGAGCUUUGGAUGACGCACAGGAACUGACUGUUGAACACUUCAAAAAAUAUCACGAGAAAUUGCGGUCAAUAAACCCUCCGUGUGUACCAUUCUUUGGCAUGUAUUUGACAAAUAUAUUGCACAUCGAAGAAGGAAAUCCAAACUUUCUGGUGACACCACAGCCAUCGCUCAAUCACUACGACUCUCAGUCAACUCUUACAUCAAUAUCAUCGACAGUUAGCGCUCAGACAACAAACACGUCUCUAAUGUCGUUAAGUUCGAGCAACAGUACUAACUCGACCUCCACUUUACCGUCAAAUGCCAAUCUAGUUGGCAGCGGAUCCAUCAGCAGUGGUGUUAGCAGUUGUUCACCCACUGGAUCGGUGGCCAACACACCUAACUCUCCGAAUCCAAACAAUAUGUUAAUAAAUUUUAGUAAACGUAGGAAAGUGGCCGAAAUAACCGGUGAAAUACAACAGUACCAAAAUCAACCGUAUUGUUUAACAAUUGUUUCCGAAAUAAGGCAAUUUUUAGAGUCAUUGGAUCCAUUUGAUGAACAGGACGAAAAAGAGCUUAUCGAUUAUCUCUAUAACAAAUCACUUGAGAUUGAACCCCGACAUACCCGACAAAUCAACAAAUAUCCCCGGCAAUGGCCUGAGCUAUCACUUAAGUCACCGGGUAUUAAACCUCGGGGUAAUCGUAAUCAUCACUUACCAGCUCUUCAAUCAUUGGACUCAUUACUUAAUUCACUGUCGAGUUCACAAAAUGAAGAGUCAAUUGCUGAUGAAAGUCAAACCCACAGUCCAUCAACACCGCAAACACCGCCCUAUUCGGCAAAUAGUUGCGGUGCCGGUAGUGAUCAUUCCGUAUUUGCGCCCGUAUUUAUUGGCGGUGGUUCCACAUAUGGCGGUCCAUCACCAACAACGCCAAUUCAUUCCACGCCUCCUACUCCCGGUCCGUGGUCUUCAAUUCCAUCAUUACCACCAAAUCCUUCAACACCUCCACCAUUGCCUCCGCGCACUAAUCGCAGCCAAAGAACUAACUCCAUGUCUUACUCGUCCGACUUAUCCUCACCUCGAAGUCGUUUUGCGCCAACAAUAGUGCCAAUGGGCAACACAUUUGAGGAUUCAGUACCGCCGCCACUUCCGCCCCGUUGCUCUACUUUCUCGUCGACGCUUCCGCGCAAUUACAACAGUCAUUCCACCAUUUCGACGGUCAAUCACAACAUACAGCGUUUUAACUCAGAAAUUACACGACGCAACUCAGCUAUGGAUUUGCCACCAAUAGAACCGCCAUCACUAUUGCGAAGGUUUUCGCAAAGUGGCCAACACGGACCUCCCGGACCCGUACCUAUAUCACCUCCACCUCCUCCACCAAAUGCCGCAAGCGUUUUUUCUGUACCUAUCGGGCCCUGUCCUCAAUUACCGCCAAAAACAUACCGCCAGACACUCAAUAACAUCGCCCGAUAGUUGAGACAUAUAUACACUACAUUUGAAUAGUUUUAUUAUACAUUAUAAACAAAGCUAUUCGUUAAAUGUUUUAUUAUUAUAUAUUAUUUAUAACUAAUUUAU